AUGGAUGAUGCAACAUCCUCACAGGAAGAAGUCAAGAAAACUUUGCCUCCUAAGCAAACUUUUCUCUCUUUAUCGUGGGAUUACUUUAAAUUUUUGCUGACGUGUGCAUCUAUUUAUGGAGUGGGGUACUUCCGACUUAGUGUUAGCUGGGUAUUACUGGGGUCAUUGGGCUACUUCGUAAUACGGCACACUAAAAAUAAGAACUCGAAGUUGAUCAGUUCAUUAAAAGCAAUCGGGGAAGAUGAAAAAGCAUUCAUCAUUCAAAAUUUUUCUGUCAGGGACCUUCCAUCAUGGGUUUACUUUCCAGAUGUUGAACGAGCCGAGUGGCUCAACAAGAAUUUACCAGCUGCAUUGACGCCUUUCAGCUUCGCAACUAUUGAUUUGGGGGACACCGUUUAUAUGAAUGAAAAUAUCCGUAAGGAUGAAAUAGUUCUUGACUUGGAUCUUAUGUUGUACAGUGAUGCGAGAAUAAAGGUAAACCUGGGGAAAGUCAAGGCAGGUGUAAAAGAAUUUGAGUUGCGUGGUACACUACGUGUAGUUAUGAAGCCACUGGUUCCGAAAGUUCCGUUUGCUGGUGCAGUGACAGUUUGUUUUCUCGACAGUCCAUACAUCAACUUCUCCUUAACAGACAUGGGGAAUAUCCUUGGACUUCCUGGGCUACAACAAACACUGAAUACAGUUAUUCGUAAUGUUGUCAACCAGUUGGUUGUUCUUCCUAAUCGUCUACCAGUUCAACUUCUCCCUGAUAUUGAUAUACAGAGUCUGAAAUAUCCAUUACCACAAGGUGUCCUUCAUGUCAAUAUGAUAUCUGGUCGUAAUUUAAAAGCAGGUGACAAGAGUAUGAUCGGUCGUCAUACCUCAGAUCCAUAUUGUGUUAUACGAGUUGGCGCUAGAUCAUUUAAUACGUCAGUGGUCAAAGAAACUUUGGAGCCAGUUUGGAAUCAACAUUUCGAGUUUAUCGUGGAUAUUUGUCAUGGUCAAUCAGUCACAGUGGAGGUGUAUGACAAAGAUCAGGGCAAUAAGGAUGAUUAUUUAGGCUGCACUUCAAUACCAGUAGAAUCCGUGUUCAAUGAAGGUGAAAUCGAUACGUGGGCAUCUUUGGAAGGUGUCAAAACUGGUUCGUUGCAUAUGCAGUUAACAUGGUUUCGAAUGUCAAGCAAUGACAUGGAUUUUGCAAAGGCUAUGGAACAGGCUCUGCAAUAUCGUAAAGCUUCUGGACGUAGUAUGAGUUCAGGUCUCUUGUAUGUGGUUAUUGAACAGGCGCAUAACCUACCAUGCGUAAAACAACUUCAAGAACCAUCACCAUUUUGUAAUUUACAUUUGGGACGUGAUUAUCAAUCGAAUGAUGUAAAGGAGAAAACACAAAAUCCAGUUUGGAAUUCUGUUCAUCACUUUCUUGUUAGUGAUCCGAAUGUCGAUAUUCUACAAUUGAUUAUUCGAGACAAUCGAACCGAAACAAAAUUAGGCGCUUGCAAUAUCCCGCUAAAGAUGUUAUUAACACAGAAGAAUAUGUCUGUUACACGACCAUUCACUCUACAAGAUACAGGUCGUGAAACAUCAACUAUUUAUUUACAUUUACAAUUAUUGGUUUUACUUCCUGGACAACGACAAAGUUCCAAUAGUUAUAUUAAUACAGAUUUAAAAAGUGGUCAGUCUACUGAAGGACAUCAGCAGAAGCCAAUUGCUGCUUCUGCUGCCGCUGCUACUACUCCACUUAAUAAGUCUGAUGAAGUAUCUGUGGAGAAUGAAGAUAUGGCUGUUAGACAACGUAAAUCUGAGAAUGAUGAAAUGGUUUCUUCAACAGAAUCUCUAUCAACCAACUUCAAUGUACAGUCAGCUCAACAACAGAUGACGAAUCAUCUUAGCGGCAGUAUGCAACAAAUAAGCAAUUCAUCUUUGGGCCGUAUACGUCUAACUAUUCAAUAUCAUACUAAUUCAAAUUCUUUAGAAGUAACAGUACACGAAGCUCAACAUUUAACUGGUGUUGAUAAAGAUGGAUUGUCUGAUCCAUAUGUAAAACUUUAUCUAUUGGAUUUGCAUGGAAAUGUUGUCAGUGAUUCAAAGAAGACAAAAACACUGAAAGAUAAUUUAAAUCCAGUAUACGAAGAAAAUUUCCAAUUUCCAGUUGAAGCUGAGCACCUUCCUCUGACUAUUUUAAGGCUUGAUGUAAAAAAUCAUGUGGGUCGAUUUACACGUAGUGGGAAAACACAUUUUAUGGGAACUGUGUGUAUAAAUCUUAUUGAUUCAGUAGACGGAAAUGCUGAGACAAAAUGGUACGAUCUAGCCUCACCUACUUUCCGCUAAUAAAGAAGUCACCAGCUGUUUCACCUGUAAUACGCGAACCUCUAUUUCCCUCCUACUUACUCAUUGUCAUUCAUUCAUUAAUACAGCUAGAUAUUUGUUGAUAUUCUAAAAUCAAUUUUUGCGCGCCUGCUUUCUAGAAUCUAAUAUAUUUAUAUAUACAUGUCUCUCACAGUUACUGCUUCCUUUCAUCGACAUCUGCUGAUGUAAAACCUCUAUAGACUGCAUUAAUUGACCUUCGCUUUUCAUGUGUUUUUCUUUUUCCAUCUGCCAAUAAUUGUGUGUAUUUAUUAUAUUUGUCAUAUUAAUAAAAAGAAGUAUCCUUAAAUAA